AUGUGCCUGCAAAGUCAACUCCAAGAACUCCAGCUUAUCCAACACUCCCUCCUUCCUGGUGAAUCAUUUUCGUUCGUCCUCCCUCAAGAAGACUACAGAAUAUGGACUUCGCUAUUCCACACCUUCAACACUGCUACUAGUACCACAGACAUCUCAUCUCUACCCAACUCAGUUCCACAAGUCAAGUUCCAAGUGAAGGCCACGGACGCGCGUAUCUCCUUUGAGGUACAGUUCCCAGAAGGAUACCCGGAGGAUUCGGAUGUCGACACCGCGCAGCUUCCGUUGAUUUCUGUCAAUGGGGAGGGCAUAUCCAGAGAUGAACAUCACCGAUGGCGAGCCUUUAUUCAGGAGAAAUUAGCCGAGGUGCAAGGAAACGAUUAUCCGAUCUACCAGUUGCUAUGCAUGCACUUGCUGCCGAAACUACAUGAAGACGGACAUAGUAUCGAUACAGGACUGCCAGAGAGUAUGGAUAUCCUAGAACAGCAGAACACCAAUCGUCUUCCAGAAACAACAGACUAUCACACGCUCCUAACAUCUCAUCAUCUGGUGUCCCCGACAAAACGGCGGUCAUUACAGCGAUGGUCCUCUGAGCUUUCGAUAUCUGGCUUCGCUAAAGUCGGCUAUCCAGGUGUCAUUUAUGCACAGGGCUCGCAGGAAAACAUCCAAGAAUUCGUUGCCAACGUCAAAUCUAUGCAGUGGCUAGCACUAAGGGUACGAUUUGUGGAACCCAUAGAUCUGGCCAACGAUGAGCAUCAUCAGGGUUGGACUGAGUUCCAGAAGGUUGGAGAAGUCGUGGAAGAGAUGAGAAAACGCGGGAGAGACAAAUAUAUCACAGAGAUGGGUAUCGGAAGCUCAGUUUUGAAAUGA